AUGGCUAGCACUGCACCAAAAACUUCCUGGGCGGACGAAAUCGACGAGCUCGAGCAACCCAAGGGCGAGGACUACGUCGAUGAAAACGGUAUCCGUACAAUAGUAGAGACCGUCAUCAACGAUGAGGGGAAAACGGUUAAGAUUACACGGAAAAUCAAGCGCAUUUUGCAGAAGCAGGUUGUAGAUCAUACUGUUGCUGAACGCAAAACUUGGGCCAAGUUUGGCCAAGAAAAGGGCAGCAAACCAGGCCCGGACAGAGCAACCACUACUAUCGGUGAGAGCGUCAUGCUGAAGCUCAGCGCUGGAAACAAGCAGUCCGAGCCUGAACCAUCCGCCGAGCAAACUUUGAAGAGCAAUCUUGUACGUGCUGGUGCCGGCAAGGUCGCCUGCCGCCUUUGCAAGGGCGAUCACUUUACAGCAAAAUGUCCCUACAAGGACUCUCUUCCCGGCCUAGAUGGUACAGAUACUCCUCCCUUUGGUGGCGAUGAUGCCGCUGCACCCGAACCCGCCGCACCAGCUGCAGGCGGCAAAUACGUCCCUCCUUCAAUGCGUAAUGGCGCUCGUGGACCUGGAGAGUCUAUGGGCCGGCCAGGCGGCUCCCGUGACGAUCUCCCAACCCUUCGUGUCACGAAUAUCUCGGAGGAUACACAGGAAAACGACCUGCGCGAUCUUUUCGGUGCAUUCGGUCGUGUCGCGAGGGUGUACGUCGGUCGAGACAGAGAAACGGGUGCGGGCAAGGGUUUCGCGUUCGUCAGCUUCGAAGACAAGGCUGUUGCGCAGCGGGCGAUGGAGAAGACGCAUGGACGUGGAUAUGACAAUCUGAUCUUGAGCGUACAGUGGUCACAACCAAGGGAGCAACGAUAGACGGCUUGUCCCAAGCGCUUCACUAACAUGUUGGCUCGGUGCUGUAACUUCUAUAACACCGCUUCUGCCUUUCCUUAUCUGUCUAACUGCAUGCUCUUUCAUUACGCUCGCGCAGAAUUGUAAGUGUACGGUAAUCUCCACCGAUCUCACUACGCAAGUUGUUGGACUCAUCCACCCGAGUAUUAACCAAACAAGUAUAAAUGGAAAC